CUGCGAAGGGGCGCAUUGCUCGCGACGGGCCGCCCGCAGUCUCGCCCGCCUCCCCGCGCAUGGCCUCGUAGCGCCGCGCCGAGCCAUGGAUGCACACACACGCUGGAAGCGGCGCAGCAGCGGGCAGCCCUGGCGCCUGGCGCUCGCCCUCCUGGCCGCCUUCGCCCACGGCAACGCAGCGGAGCCUGCGGAUCUCUUGAAGGUAUUAGAUUUUCACAAUUUACCUGAUGGCAUAUCAAAAACAACAGGUUUUUGCACAAGUAGAAGGUCUUCUAAGGAGGCCGAUGUGGCAUAUCGAGUAACAAAAGAUGCUCAGCUGAGUGCCCCCACGAAGCAGCUCUACCCUGCAUCUCCAUUUCCUGAAGAUUUCUCAAUCCUAACUACUGUAAAAGCAAAGAAAGGAAGCCAGUCCUUCUUGCUCUCCAUUUACAAUGAACAAGGCAUCCAGCAGGUGGGAGUGGAGAUGGGCAGGUCACCUGUGUUCCUCUAUGAAGACCACACAGGGAAACCAAGCCCAGAGGACUACCCCCUCUUCCGAGGCAUCAAUCUCUCUGAUGGCAAGUGGCAUCGGAUAGCCAUCAGUGUGCACAGGAAGAAUGUCACCUUGAUUUUGGAUUGUAAAAAAAAGAUCACAAAGUUCCUGGACCGCAGUGACCACCCUAUCAUUGACGUCAAUGGCAUAAUAGUAUUUGGAACCAGGAUCCUUGAUGAAGAAGUCUUUGAGGGUGAUAUCCAGCAGCUCCUUGUGGUAGCUGACCAUCGAGCGGCCUCUGAUUACUGCGAGCACUACAGCCCAGACUGUGACACAGCUGUUCCAGAAGCACCGCAGUCCCAGGAUCCCAAUCCAGAUGAAUACUACACAGAUGGGGAAGGCAAUCUAGAAGUAGAGGGGCAAACCUACUACUACGACUAUCCCUACUAUCAAGACCUUGAUGAAAUAGGGAAGGCAGCUCCCACCACUGCCCAGCCUGUAGAUGCCGAAGAAGCAGCCAGGGAAACCACGGAGAAGAAUCUCACCCCUUCCUCCACAUCAUCUCCACCUAUUGUGAACACUCGGGAAGAGAAGAGGGAAGAGGACAGGGUGGAGGACCCACUCGUAGAUGAGUAUAAUUAUGAAACCAUCACAGAUGAGUACUACACUCCUCUCCCCUAUGAGGAUUUCAACUAUGAUGAUCUUGACACAGCAGAGAAGCUCCCGGAAGGUGCUAUCGAGGUGGAAGUUCCUGCCACCACAGUCAUCACUGUCAACGAAACUGAGGCUGCAGGAGGAGGGAAUCAAGGCUCAGAAGAUGCUGACAAAGACUUUGCCGAGGAAACCAUUCGGGAGUAUGACAGUUACUACGAUGGCUAUUACGACAGAACGGACUCCCCCGACAUUGGGCCUGGAAUGCCUGCGAACCAGGAUACACUCUAUGAAGGGAUUGGUGGGCCACGCGGUGAAAAGGGGCAGAAGGGGGAGCCAGCCAUCGUUGAGCCGGGCAUGCUCAUUGAAGGCCCGUCUGGCCCAGAAGGCCCAGCAGGUCUUCCAGGGCCUCCAGGAACAACUGGGCCAAUGGGCCCACUGGGGGAACCUGGAGAAAGGGGACCUGCUGGACGGCCAGGGCUCCCUGGAGCAGACGGUUUGCCAGGACCUCCGGGGACGAUGCUGAUGCUCCCGUUCCGCUUCAGUGGGGGAGGUGACGGUGGCUCGAAAGGCCCCAUGGUCUCUGCUCAGGAGUCUCAAGCUCAAGCCAUCCUGCAACAAGCCAGGCUGGCACUGAGAGGACCAGCUGGCCCAAUGGGCCUUACAGGAAGGCCAGGCCCCAUGGGAUCUCCAGGCAGUGGAGGAAUCAAGGGUGAUCCAGGAGAUAUGGGACCUCAGGGACCACGUGGAGUGCAAGGCCCCCCAGGACCAUCUGGAAAACCAGGACGCCGGGGACGUGCUGGCAGUGAUGGGGCGAGAGGGAUGCCAGGGCAGACGGGGCCAAAGGGUGACCGAGGUUUCGAUGGCCUGGCUGGAUUGCCUGGGGAGAAAGGACAUCGGGGUGAUCCUGGUCCUUCAGGUCCCCCAGGAGCCCCAGGAGAAGAUGGGGAAAGGGGCGAUGAUGGAGAAGUUGGCCCCCGAGGUCUCCCUGGGGAACCUGGACCCCGUGGUUUGCUGGGACCAAAAGGGCCCCCAGGGCCUCCUGGACCACCAGGCAUAGCUGGUAUGGAUGGACAAACAGGCCCCAAGGGGAGUGUGGGUCCUCAAGGUGAGCCCGGACCACCAGGGCAGCAGGGAAAUCCGGGCGCUCAGGGUCUCCCUGGUCCUCAAGGCCCAAUUGGUCCACCAGGAGAAAAAGGUCCACUGGGAAAACCUGGUCUUCCUGGCAUGCCUGGAGCAGACGGUCCUCCUGGCCACCCAGGCAAAGAAGGUCCUCCCGGGGAGAAGGGGAGUCAGGGUCCAGCCGGCCCACAGGGCCCAAUCGGAUAUCCUGGCCCACGUGGUGUAAAGGGAGCAGACGGCAUCCGUGGCUUGAAAGGGACCAAGGGUGAGAAGGGUGAAGAUGGCUUCCCUGGAUUCAAAGGCGACAUGGGCAUUAAAGGAGACAGGGGUGAAAUUGGCCCUCCUGGCCCGCGAGGUGAGGAUGGACCUGAAGGCCCAAAAGGACGUGGGGGCCCCAAUGGUGAUCCUGGACCACUAGGCCCUGCUGGAGAAAAGGGGAAACUUGGAGUUCCUGGACUGCCAGGUUAUCCUGGAAGACAAGGCCCCAAGGGGUCCAUUGGAUUUCCAGGGUUCCCAGGCACUAAUGGAGAGAAAGGAGGAAGGGGCACCUCUGGCAAACCGGGGCCAAGAGGGCAACGGGGCCCAACGGGCCCACGAGGAGAAAGAGGUCAGCGGGGCAUCACAGGCAAGCCUGGGCCAAAGGGCAAUUCUGGUGGGGACGGUCCGCCGGGCCCUCCAGGCGAAAGGGGUCCUCCAGGGCCUCAAGGGCCCACUGGAUUUCCUGGACCUAAAGGCCCUCCGGGUCCACCCGGGAAAGAUGGAUUGCCUGGCCACCCGGGACAGAGAGGGGAAACUGGUUUCCAAGGCAAGACUGGUCCCCCUGGGCCUCCAGGAGUUGUUGGACCACAGGGUCCCACUGGAGAGACCGGCCCAAUGGGCGAACGUGGCCACCCAGGACCUCCGGGGCCACCAGGUGAACAGGGCCUUCCUGGGCUGGCUGGAAAAGAAGGCACAAAGGGUGACCCAGGUCCUGCUGGCCUUCCAGGAAAAGAUGGUCCACCUGGUCUGAGAGGUUUCCCCGGCGACAGAGGUCUUCCUGGCCCCAUUGGACCUGUUGGACUGAAAGGCAAUGAAGGUCCACCUGGCCCCCCUGGCCCAGCAGGGUCUCCUGGCGAGCGAGGUCCUGCUGGAGCAGCUGGCCCGAUUGGUCUCCCAGGGAGGCCUGGGCCCCAAGGGCCACCUGGCCCUGCUGGUGAGAAAGGAGCCCCGGGUGAGAAAGGGCCUCAAGGUCCAGCAGGUCGUGAUGGUAUCCAAGGGCCAGUAGGGCUUCCAGGCCCAGCAGGUCCUGUUGGCCCACCAGGAGAAGAUGGAGACAAGGGUGAAAUUGGUGAACCUGGACAGAAGGGAAGCAAAGGUGACAAAGGGGAACAGGGUCCGCCAGGUCCCACCGGCCCACAGGGCCCAAUUGGCCAACCAGGUCCAGCUGGGGCUGAUGGGGAGCCUGGUCCUCGAGGACAGCAAGGUCUCUUUGGGCAGAAAGGUGAUGAAGGACCAAGAGGUUUCCCUGGGCCCCCAGGCCCCGUCGGUUUGCAGGGUUUACCGGGACCUCCUGGAGAGAAAGGAGAAACGGGUGAUGUUGGCCAAAUGGGUCCCCCAGGUCCCCCAGGACCAAGGGGUCCAUCUGGAUCUCCAGGAGCAGACGGGCCUCAAGGUCCACCUGGUGGGAUUGGAAAUCCUGGAUCUGUGGGUGAGAAGGGUGAACCAGGAGAAGCUGGAGAACCUGGCCUGCCGGGAGAAUCUGGCCCCCCGGGUCCUAAAGGCGAAAGAGGGGAGAAGGGUGAAGCGGGUCCAUCCGGGGCUGCUGGUCCUCCAGGUCCCAAAGGCCCACCAGGUGAUGACGGUCCCAAAGGUAGCCCUGGUCCAGUUGGUUUUCCUGGAGACCCCGGACCUCCCGGCGAACCUGGCCCAGCUGGUCAAGAUGGUCCAACGGGUGAUAAAGGUGAUGAUGGUGAACCUGGACAGACGGGCUCCCCUGGUCCAACUGGAGAGCCAGGUCCUUCAGGUCCACCGGGAAAAAGAGGCCCUCCUGGGCCAGCAGGUCCCGAAGGCCGGCAAGGAGAGAAAGGGGCCAAGGGUGAAGCAGGCUUGGAAGGGCCUCCUGGAAAAACAGGCCCUGUGGGUCCUCAGGGACCACCAGGAAAACCUGGCCCAGAUGGACUGCGAGGAAUCCCUGGCCCUGUGGGCGAGCAAGGACUCCCAGGUGCUCCAGGCCCUGAUGGACCACCAGGCCCACUGGGUCCACCCGGUUUACCCGGCUUGAAAGGAGAUUCAGGUCCGAAGGGAGAAAAGGGUCAUCCGGGCUUGAUUGGUCUCAUUGGGCCUCCUGGCGAGCAAGGAGAGAAAGGAGACCGAGGACUUCCAGGCCCCCAAGGAGGAUCAGGGCCUAAAGGAGAACAGGGUAUCACCGGUCCUUCUGGCCCAAUUGGCCCUCCUGGUCCUCCAGGGUUACCGGGUCCCCCUGGUCCUAAAGGUGCUAAAGGAUCUUCGGGCCCCACAGGCCCCAAAGGUGAAACGGGUCAUCCAGGGCCACCAGGACCUCCUGGUCCUCCAGGGGAAGUCAUCCAACCCCUUCCUAUCCAGUCCUCUAAGAGGACACGGCGAAACAUCGAUGCCAGCCAGUUGGUUGAUGAAGGCAACUCUGACAACUACAUGGAUUAUGCUGAAGGCAUGGAGGAAAUCUUUGGCUCCUUAAACUCUCUGAAACUGGAAAUAGAGCAAAUGAAGCAUCCAUUGGGCACCCAGCACAACCCAGCUCGUACCUGCAAAGAUUUGCAGCUUUGUCAUCCUGAUUUCCCAGAUGGUGAAUACUGGGUUGACCCUAAUCAAGGCUGUUCCAGGGAUUCCUUCAAGGUUUACUGCAAUUUUACAGCUGGUGGUGAAACAUGCAUCUUCCCUGAUAAGAAGUCCGAAGGGGCUAGAAUUACUUCAUGGCCAAAGGAAAAUCCAGGCUCCUGGUUCAGUGAAUUCAAGCGCGGUAAACUGCUUUCCUACGUUGAUUCAGAUGGCAACCCCAUUGGAGUGGUGCAGAUGACAUUCCUGAGACUCUUGAGUGCUUCUGCCCACCAGAAUGUCACCUACAACUGCUUCCAGUCCGUGGCAUGGCGUGAUGACUCCACUGGCAAUUAUGACAGGGCCAUCCGCUUCCUGGGUUCCAAUGAUGAAGAGAUGUCCUAUGACAACAAUCCUUUCAUCAGAGCUGUCCUUGAUGGUUGCGCAACAAAGAAAGGCCAUCAAAAGACCAUCUUAGAAAUCAACACACCCAAAGUGGAGCAGGUCCCCAUUGUCGACAUCAUGUUCAAUGACUUUGGUGAAGCAUCACAGAAGUUUGGAUUCGAGGUAGGACCAGCUUGCUUCAUGGGCUAAGAGCCACUCAGAACACUCGUCUCCAAAUGAGCAACCUCGUAACCUCAUUGCGUCUUUGAAGUUUGGCUACAUUGUGGUCGUCGUCACAUGCACGUUCUGAAACGAAAUGGUUUGAUGGGUUUAUUAUUUCAUUUGUUUCCUUGUUUUGCCUGAGUCCCAACUCUUCUGCCAGACCCAAGACAUUCAGAUGCUCCAGUCAGAGACAGAACCAUUCCCACAACAGGCUCCAGAAUCACAUGACUUAAAAACACCACCUGAUGACAAUAGCAACUUCCCAUCGCUAUGCGUCUUCUUCAAGACCACCCAUGGGCUUGGCUUCCUUGCAUGGCUUGUAGGGGCAUUACUCUGAAAUGGAAACACUCUGGCCACAAAACGCUACUAGCACUAGCUCACGCUUCUUUUUGACAGCUUUGCUGAAGCCAGUGGAAGACAUUUUCCUAAUUGAGGCGGUUCCUAUCCCUGGAAGGUUCUGAGAAUAUUAUGGAAAACCAUCAGCCAGAUGUGGCAUGGCAAUUGCCUUGCCUCUGUAUGGGAAUGUGAACUGAGGACCUUUGUGAGCCCUUCCAGUUAGAUUCUAUGACUUCACUGGGGUUUCAAUCAGAACUCAUCCCCCCAAAUAAUUGUUUACCUGUUUUCCUGCUUAGAACCUAAAAGUAACAACUGAAACCAAUUAGACAAAAAAAUUGCAGGUUCUGACUGUACCCCAUAUGAUAAAGGUGCUUCUAUUUUUGUAUGUUUGUAAGUAAAUAUUUGUAUAUUAUUAUUUUAAAUAUAAAAUAUCUCUGCUUCGAAACAUGCAUGUGACCCACCCAUUCCCCUUUUGAUAAUUUAAGGAACAACCAUUCUCACUAGCACCCCAGUGCAUACGCUGAAACACCAGUCAAUAAGGCAAUGAACCGCUGAUGUUAGCCUCGUGGCAAACAUUCAGGCCCUGGGCGCUGGAUCAGAGACACGUUUACUGAGUUUGAGUUUCACCAGCCUUCUUCCUUGAUCAGCAUGCAGCCUGAAUUUCGAGCACACAAGCCCUUUUUUUGUGAAGACAAAAAGAUUCUUCAUAUGCCUGUAUGUUUAUGGAAUCAGGGAAACAUAUAGCACAACUCCAAAGACAAGAAAAACUGUGGAAUUUCAGAUUAAUUUUCAGAAAACACCCGGCUCUACCGGAAUGCCUUUGCUGCGAAUGCGCCCCCUAGCCUUUUAUUAGCAUUUUCUUCUGGUUUGGUCGGCACUGAUGAGUAGUUCAGACCCGAGGUUGACUCCAUCACUGUCUUGCCUUCACUUGAUUAAAUGUACAGGUUUAUAUUUAAAAAAUACCUUCUCCAUAAAAAAGGUCUAGCUUCUCUUUCCAACUUACAUUCCCAGUGGAGGUUGCAUGUGGCAGGGAUAUUCCAUUGCUUUCCUCUUUUCAAAUACAAAAAAUGAAACUCCCAGGUGCUCCAGUUUUGUUUUUGUUGGUGCUAUCUAUUUGAAUAACUUUAUGACGACACUGGUGGAGCCCUGCUGUUCACCAGCCUCCUCGGUUUCUUCAUCCCAAGCGCCUCUUUCUCCCGCCAGUCUUGGAUGGAGUUUCAUGCCAGCCUCACACUCAAUAAGUAGGUCGAGCUGCUGCUUUGAAUUCCAUGAUGGUGCCUUGGAUGACCCACGUAGAAAGUAUUGAAACUGUGCUUCCUUGUGGGGUUUUGUUUAUUUUUUGUAACAAAUAGAAUAUUCAUACAUUUUAUAUGAUGGUAAUUAUGCCAGAUUUGUACUCGGUCGCUGAAUAUUUGUGGUGCUAAUUUAUGUGUUUGUUCAAUGUACUGAAGUCGAAGAUCAAACUCCCCUCCACACACACACACACGUUGUAUUGCCCUUUAAAGAUCAAGAUGAGAAUGUGCAGCUCUGUUGCCUUUCCACGAAGAUUUUCUCUUGGGCAUCAGGAAGUCCUGCCAGUUGGGACCUGCAGUUACAAUUGGUCUCCUCCUAUUUUGACACGUGCUUGUCCCAGGUGAAAGGAAAAAAAGAUGUAAACAUGUUAAUGCUAAACAAAGGUGUAGGAUUUGCAAAGGAAAAGACAUCACGUUUACUGUGAAUCAGAGCCACUAUCGGAUGUCUUUUUCCCACUGCUCCCGGAAGGAAAAUUGGAUCCAUGAAAGAGAAGCUGCAGGCUUGAGGGUCCUCCUGAGUUGCGCCGUGGUGCUUUUGUGCUCAGAGAAACUUGAAGAGUAUUUGCAUGCAGACUCCACCUUUGGGAAAGAAGUACAAUUGUAGACGAAUAGUUCUGAAACAGCCUUGCAGGGAAUUGAGGGUUUCCUGGGAAGCUGAUCAGGGGCUCCUUCUUAAGCAGCUUCAGGUAGGAGACAGGUUCCCAGCGUGCCGGGCUGACCUGGCCCACCACCACUGGGCUUCCCUGGAAUGUGCUGCUUCACGGCAGUGUUGGUGCUUUCUGGUUUGCCCACCUGACACCAGGGAGGCCUAAGAGGGUUCGCCGGCACCUCCUCUAAGCUAGGUGAAGGUGCCCCCAGAAUCCUUUCCAGUGCACCAGGUCCCUUGGAUUAAACGGGCAGCAGAUGAUUCAGUGUGGAAGGGGUUCCCUGGAGGGCAUAAAUCUGAGAUAACCUCAUCCAAACAACAAAGCAGUACGACUUGCAAAUAUUGUACAUGGUGUGUUUCAUUUCACUUAUACAACAGCCUUGUUGCAGGAAAUCUGAGAAAUUCAAAAAUGGAUGCAUAUAUUCAUGUCUGCACUUAUGAAUAUGAACACUUGGGUCAUGUGAUUCUGUUCCAAUAAUUUCUCAUCAAGGGAUGUUUAAUCUAUUUUGUUUGCCACUGUUGGUGCUUCUGUCAAAAUCCUACCAAGUGUUGUAAAACUGUACUGAAGUUUCCCCUUUUUUAUCCUUUUUUCAGACCACUUAGCUACGGUAUAUUGCAAUAAAAAUUACUUCUUAUAUUGGCUGACAUUUCUUUCUGUGUAAUUUUAUCCCCCUUCCCCUCUAAUAUAUAUAAUGACUUGAACAAAUGUUGAUGCAAAAAGAAAAAUUUAAGUCCUUAGGGACCAUAGGAAAAAAAAUACAUGGGUGACAUAUUUGUACAGCCUUGCAAAUUCAAAUCCAACCUGUCAGUGCCCAUAAGAGGUAUUUUUUAAGGAAAAAUAUUUUAAACCUGUGUAAUAAAGGAUUAAAUGUAAGAGAUUUUUUUUCAAUAAAUCAAGUUUACUGUUUCCACCUAA